AGCCUUUGAAUUUCCUCUUUGAACGGAACCUGCUUCCAAGAUGGUGAGUGCUGAAUUGGGCUACCAAAUUAUUCUAAAUAUCUGCGUUCAUCGUCGCUUUUAGGGUCAUUCUGUACAUUGGACAACGAUGUCUCUGGUCAUUCCUGAGAAGUUCCAGCACAUUCUUCGUGUUCUCAACACGAACAUUGAUGGUAGGAGGAAGAUUGCCUUCGCCAUCACAGCAAUCAAGGGUGUUGGCAGACGAUAUGCCCAUGUUGUCCUGAGGAAGGCUGAUAUCGACCUCAGCAAGAGGGCUGGAGAACUAACCGAUGAUGAGGUUGAGAGGGUAGUGACAAUUAUGCAGAAUCCUCGCCAGUACAAAAUCCCUGACUGGUUCCUCAACAGACAGAAGGACGUAAAGGAUGGCAAGUACAGCCAGGUCCUUGCUAACGGUCUGGACAACAAGCUGAGAGAGGAUCUUGAGAGGCUGAAGAAGAUCAGGGCUCACCGUGGUCUCAGGCAUUUCUGGGGUCUGCGUGUGCGUGGCCAGCACACUAAGACCACCGGUCGUCGUGGUCGCACCGUUGGUGUGUCCAAGAAGAAGUAAACUGUCUCCCUGCUCCCCAUGUGUCAAUAAAUGCCACAGUUCACACA